AUGCUUUGGCUUACUGUUUCACAGAAUCCAUCUUUCAAUACUAUUCGAGAUGAUCUUAUGAAACAAAUAACUACUCAAGUAAAUGAAAGAUUGGACAGUAGAGAGGAAGGCCAUGUGAAAACUUCAUUGAAUGAAUCCAUGAGAAAGCACAAAUUUGCUCUAUUUUUAGAUGAUAUUUGGGAAACAAGUGCAGCCUUGCUAUUAGAGGAGCUAUGUGUGCCUCACUCUCCACACCACAAGUAUAACAUCAUCAUUGCCACUUCCAUAACUAGCAAUGUGCUCUCACAAUUGGGUGUUCAACCUUCAUCGCUCAUCAAAAUGCAAGAUUUGACUGAGGAUAAUAGUUGGAGAUUGUUUUCUUUCUAUGCUUUUCCACACAAUGAUGAAAUUUUUCACAUGAGCAUUGACCAAGAAAGAGCGACAAUUGUUGGCAAGUUGAUGCUAAGCUAUGAUGCUUUGGCCGGCGUGGUUGGCUAUGGAAUUUCCUUGCAGUUGUGCUUCCUCUGCCUUGCUGGUUUCUCAAAAGGUCAUGUUUAUUCUAAUGAUGUCAUUGACUACUGGAUUAGAGAAGGGUUGGUGGCCGAGAGGGAUCCUCUUUAA